AUGCAACAUUCACGAUCCACCUGCAAAAAGCAGAGUCUGUCGACAGAAUGGGACCAAAAGGCUCAAAAGAGUGGAGAGAGACACACAGUUUACUCUGUGGGAGGAGCUGAGUACACAGGAGAGUGGAAGGACAACCAGAAGCACGGAAGGGGGAUUCAAGUCUGGAAGAAGACUGGGGCGAUGUACAAUGGAGAGUGGAAAUGUGGCAAACGCGACGGAUACGGAAUCUACAGCAUUUUAGAUCCAAAAACCCAAGAGUAUUCCAGGAAGUAUUGCGGAGAGUGGAAAAACGGGAAGAAGCACGGGAUUGGAACCUUUCGUUACACAUGUUCCUCUGUUUAUGACGGUGAGUGGAGAGAUGGCGUCCGCUGCGGUUGGGGAAAGAUGUACUUUGCCAACGGAGAUAUCUACGAAGGAGAGUGGAGUGAGGACCAGCAGCACGGUACCGGCCUGGUCCAGUCUGUGAAUGGAAACCAGUUUGAAGGAACGUGGAGAGAAGGAAAGAAGAACGGACACGGGAGGUUUUUCUUCUCCGACCGAGGGCAGCUUUACGAGGGCUUCUGGUUGGAUGGAACUGCAAAAUGUGGAACUCUGUCGGAUUAUGAGAGAGACAAAGCUCCAAAACCUCCCAAAUAUCACAUCCCACAGUGUCAGCUUUUGGAUCAGCAGGAAGUGUUGACAGAAGCCCAGUCUGCCUUCUGCGAUCCCAUGACCAGUGAUCCCAUGACCAGUGAUCACAUGACCAGUGAUCCCAUGACCAGUGAUCCCAUGACCAGUGAUCCCAUGACCACAGCUCCAGAAUAA